GAAAACGUUCCUUUCCCACGGAUUACCACGCAAAGGAAUCCAGCCAGUCCGUCUUGCCUUCUGGUUAUCCAGCUGCGCUGUGUUCGUACGGCCACAGUUUAUUGUGCUGUGCAGCUUCCAUAUAUAUAUUUUCUCUCGCGCUGUUCUGGCACAGCGAGUCACAUCAAAAAAAAAAGAUACGAAUAGCUUUAGGAAUGGCGAAUUACCGAUACAUCAGCCCAGACGAGUUGGUCGAUCUGCUCGAUCGCCCCGACUCUUUUCAUAAGGUGGUGGUGGUCGACUGCCGCGACCAGGACAGGGACAACGGCUUCAUUGCCAACUCCAUCAAUGCCCCAACCAUGAGCUACACUGAUGAGAUGUACGAGCAGCUCGCCAAGCAGCUCUUCGAGGAGAAGAAGGAGAUCGCAGUAUUCCACUGUGCGCAGUCGCUGAUGCGUGGACCGCGGGGUGCAAAUCGCUUCGUCAUGGCGCAGAAGGCGAAAGGCUACCCUCUUCCUGUUGUGUACGUGUUGCGGGGCGGCUGGGACGACUUCUACGACGUCUACGGAGACAUACGUCCUGACCUCAUCUAUGUGUGA